ACUUUCUGGACUUUCUUUCGUUCGGUUAAAGUUACUUGGGGUUAAAAUGAGGUUCAGAUUUUGUGGAGAUUUGGACUGCCCGGACUGGGUCUUGGCAGAAAUAAGCAUACUUUCCAAAAUGACAUCAAUCAAGAUGAAGCUGCUAUGUGUGCAGGUCAUCAAGAUGAUGCUUGGACAAGAGAUUGAUUAUGACAAAGUGUACAAGCUUACAGCAGAUGCCAAGUUUGAGGAGGGUGAUGUGAAGGCGAGUAUAUCGGCCCUGCACUUUAUACUGGCCAGCGCUGCCAAAUAUGCUGUUGACGCAGACUCCCUUGCCAACGAGCUGCAGCAGCUCGGCCUUCCGAAAGAGCACACAGCCUCCCUGGGGAAGUCCUAUGGGGACAGUCUGUGCCAGCUCCAGGAGCAGUUUGGGAAGGAGAGCCUCAAAUUGUCACAGCUUGAGGGGGUGGAGUGGCGAGUGGACUACAUCCUCAGCUCCAGUCUUCUCCAGGAGAUAAACGAGCCUUGUGUACAGAUGAAGAUGAACGUGAAGUCAGUCGCGACGGGGACUGCAGAGCCUGUCGCCUUCACAGCCACCUCCGACAAAUUCCGUGUCUUCCUCAAUGAAUUGAAGCAGGCUGGUGCUAUGAUGGACAACCUAGCCUCGACCUGAUCUGGGAAGUGUAGGAUUUAAGAUGAAGGACUCACUGUGAUCAUGAUCACAUAUUGUACACAUGCAGACAUAAACAAUUGUUCUGUCAGUGCCAGUUUUUACAUUCCAAAUGUGAUUGCAUUCAAAGCUUCAAAUGUUGGCAGACAGCUGCACCAUACAUCUUUGAACGUAUGAGCAACAAUAAUUUAUUAUGCAAGUGUUUAAUUGUCAUAGAAUGAAUAUCAGGCCACAAAGAAAAGAAUUAGAAAUAUUUGUGUUUUCAGUCUUAUUAUAUAAAUAUCCGUUGACCUACAAGUGACCCUGAUCCGUUCAGUCAAAAGCUCUAUCCAAUGAUUACUGAAGAACUAGAACUGAAAUGCUGAUGAAUGUUUGUAUUAUUUUGUUGUUUAGGCUGCAGCAGCUGUCAAAUAUAUUUUAAAAUGCUGAAAGUGCAAUAUUUUGUGUCUUGUAUAUUAUUGAAUAAAAAUUUGUAAUAACAUAA